AUGGCCGCCUCCACCAUGUCUGUCUGCUCUGACGCUUGCACCAACUCCUCCUGGCAGGUGGACGACUGCCCAGAGAGCUGCUGUGAGCCUAGCUGCUGUGCCCCCACCCCCUGCCUGACCCUCAUCUGCACCCCAGUGAGCUGUGGGUCCAGCCCCUGCUGCCAGUCUUCCUGCGCACCCUCAUGCUGCCAGCAGUCUAGCUGCCAGCCAUCUUCCUGUGCACCCUCAUGCUGCCAGCAGUCUAGCUGCCAGCCAGCUUGUUGCACCUGCUCCCCCUGCCAGCCAUCCUGUUCUAGCUGCCAGCCCUCAUGCUGCCAGCCAUCCUGCUGUGUGCCUGUCUGCUGCAAGCCUGUCUGCUGCAAGCCCUGCUCCAGCGUCAGCUGCUGCACACCCUCAUGCUGCCAGCAGUCUAGCUGCCAGCCCUCAUGCUGCACCUGCUCCCCUUGCCAACAGUCCUGCUGUGUGCCUGUCUGCUGCAAGCCCAUCUGCUGUACCCCCAUCUGCUCUGGAUCUUCUUCAUGCUGCCAGCAGUCUAGCUGCCAGCCCUCAUGCUGCACCUCCUCACCUUGUCCUGUCUGCUGCAAGCCCUGCUCCAGCGUGUCCCUGCUCUGCCGCCCUGUGUGCAGACCCGCCUGCUGUGUGCCCAGCUCCUCCUGCUGUGCCUCCUCCUGCCAGCCCAGCUGCUGCAAGCCCUGCUCCAGCAUGUCCCUGCUCUGCAGCCCUGCCUGCUCCAGCCAGGCCUGCUGUGGCCUCUCCUCAGGCCAGAAGUCCAGCUGUUGA